CACCAGGAGCAGCAGAUUUGGGGAGCCACCCGGUCUCCUGGCUGCUGUCCUUGGAGCUUCAGUGGGACACUGAGGCCAGCGCCUGCUUCUCCCACAGCGCUGGGCGCCCUGGUGCCAGGACCCAGGCCAGGCACGGACCCUGGAGUGGACAGGCCCACAGGGCAGAGGGCAAGGCCUGCUGGCGGUGCCCACAGGGAGCAGCUCAGCCUGUCUGGCCGCCCUGCCACCCUCUCCCUCAGAAGCACUUGAAUGAAAGGCGCUGACCCUUGGCCCCGGCCCGGCCCUGCUGGCUCCCACCCACCCUGCUUCAUGGCGGCCGAGGAGAUGCACUGGCCUGUCCCCAUGAAGGCCAUCGGUGCCCAGAACCUGCUGACCAUGCCCGGGGGCGUGGCCAAGGCCGGCUACCUGCACAAGAAGGGCGGCACCCAGCUGCAGCUGCUCAAAUGGCCCCUGCGCUUUGUCAUCAUCCACAAGCGAUGCAUCUACUACUUCAAGAGCAGCACCUCCGCCUCCCCGCAGGGCGCCUUCUCCCUCAGCGGCUACAACCGGGUGAUGCGGGCGGCCGAGGAGACCACGUCCAACAACGUCUUCCCCUUCAAGAUCAUCCACAUCAGCAAGAAGCACCGCACCUGGUGCUUCUCUGCUUCCUCUGAGGACGAGCGCAAGAGCUGGAUGGCCUUGCUGCGCAGGGAGAUCGGACACCUCCACGAGAAGAAGGACCUGCCGCUGGACGCCAGCGACUCCAGCUCGGACACAGACAGUUUCUACGGUGCCAUUGAGCGGCCAGUGGACAUCAGCCUCUCUCCGUACCCCACGGACAACGAAGACUAUGAGCAGGACGACGAGGAUGACUCGUACUUGGAGCCCGACUCCCCUGAGCCCGGGAAGCCCGAGGGUAGGUGGCCAGAGGGAGCCAACGCUGCUGGCUUGGCCGCGGCCACCUCCAGGAGCUGCGAUAAACUCAAGUCCUUCCACCUGUCGCCCCGCGGGCCGCCCACGCCCGAGCCCCCACCCGUGCCAGCCAACAAGCCCAAGUUCCUGAUGGCAGUGGAGGAGGAGCCCCUGAGGGAGACUCACCGGCCUGGACUCUUCGUGCCCCCCGUGGCACCCAGGCCGCCUGCCCUGAAGCUGCCCGUGCCCGAGCCCCCAGCGCGGGCCAUGGCCCUGCCCAGGCCAGAGAAGCCGCCCCUGCCUCAGCUCCAGCGGUCACCCCCUGACGGGCAGAGUUUCAGGAGCUUCUCCUUCGAAAAGCCCCACCUACCCUCGCAGGACGACCCCGGUGGGAAGGACUCGGAUGAAGACUAUGAAAAGGUGCCCCUGCCCAGCUCAGUCUUCAUCAACACCACCGAGUCCUACGAGGUGGAGAGGCUGUUCAAAGCCACGAGCCCGCGGGGGGAGCCCCAGGACGGACUCUACUGCAUCCGCAACUCCUCCACCAAGUCCGGGAAGGUUUUGGUCGUGUGGGAUGAAACCUCCAACAAAGUGAGGAACUACCGCAUCUUUGAGAAGGACUCUAAAUUCUACCUGGAGGGCGAGGUCCUGUUUGUGAGCGUGGGCAGCCUGGUGGAGCACUACCACACCCACCUGCUGCCCAGCCACCAGAGCCUGCUGCUGCAGCACCCCUACGGCUACGCUGGGCCCAGGUGACGCCUGCGCCAGAGCUGCUGGCAGAGGUGACCGUGGGCCACCGCCUCGUGCCGAUGAGACUGGCCUGCUGGGAUGAGGAGCUCUGGAUGGAGGCCUCCCCAACAGACAUCUUGUGGAAUCUGCCCGGCCAGGCCCCACCCAGCAGGCAGAGUCCCUAGCGGGCUGGAGGCUCGUAUCCCACCCCGGCAGCCCCGCCGCACUUCCCAGGAGCCCGGGGUCCCUGGACAAAGGCCUGCCUGCGCUUCACGGACAGGAAUUCCGGUCCCCCCAGCGCACCCACCCUGCACUGGGCAGGGGGCUGGGCAGGGCUUGGGCAUUUGGGUGGGGGCAGGGGCUGGCCCCAGGACCCCCAGGAACGCUAAGACCCGGCUCCUGCAGGGGCCUUUGCUGCACAAUAAAGCACAGGUGACCCUUG